AUGGCAGCAAAUUCAGACCUCCACAUACUGAUCAUCGGCGCUGGAAUCACUGGCCUGCUUCUGGCACAAUCGCUCAAAAAGGCUGGGAUCCGCUACUCGAUCUUCGAGAAAGAAGUUACCCUGAAUUACCGCAGCAAUGAGUGGACCAUGGCCAUCCACUGGGCCCUGGAUCGUCUGCAGACCCUACUUCCCGAAGAGCGCUGUCGAGCCCUGAAUGACGUCUCCUGCAACCCUGCCAUUCCACUCGAUGCAGGUGGACGAUACCCAAUCAUCCACGGAGAGACGGGGAACAUUCUAGUCGCCGUUCCCUACGAAAAGGGACUGAGAGUUCCGCGCAGUGGAAUGCGCGCACUAUGUGCAGAGGGCAUAGACGUAGAAUACGGGAAGGAAUUAAUUGACGUUGCGUUUACCGAGAGAGGCGGCGUGGUGGCCAUUUUCGAAGACGGGAGCAUGGUAUCCGGAACCUUACUCAUAGGUGCAGAUGGUCCUCGAUCGACAGUACGGGAGUUCGCCAUGAAAAGUAUCGAGAAGGCGGCCGUGACCCGAUUUCCAAUCUUCCAUACCAAUAUGACCGCGUCCUAUGACGCUGAUAAAGCCCGGUUCUUGCGGCAGCGGUUCCCGACGAGCUAUCUGGCUUUGAGUGAACGAUCGUUUCACGCUUUUCAGUCUAACGGGCCGGAUAAUCCUGCCUCAUGGGUCUUUCAUCUCGCUAUGGCUUGGUUCAUCGAUGGAGACGAACCGUCGUCUUACGCCGAAAGACUACGUUUGAUCCGCCAGAGAGCCCAGACGUUAGCCGAGCCUGCUCGGUCCGCAUUCGUCUGGCUUCCAGAUGAUACGCGAGCCAAUAAAGCAGAGCUGAGUUUCUGGGUCAGCCAGCCGUGGGAUAACAGAGACGGGAGAAUCACUCUGGUUGGGGAUGCCGCGCAUCCAAUGCCUCCUUUCCGCGGACAGGGCUUGAAUCACUGCAUCUGUGACGUGUCGCAUCUUUUGGAAGGUAUCAAGAAUGUAGUUGAUGGCAAGUCGGCACUCAACGACGUAAUUACCGCCUAUGAGGCGGAAAUGAUUCCGCGUGGUAGGGAGGAGGUAACUUGCUCCGUCGAAAACGGGUAUAUGCUACAUGACUGGGAGAAAGUGCGACAGAGCGCAGUAUUUACGAAAGGCUUUAAGCCUAUGGAUAGACAUAACCAUGAGGGACAUGAGGGGAUGCAGCCGGGGGAUCGCUCAAUAGACAAAUGGUGUAGCACAAUUACAGCAACCUGGGAAUAUGCGCUGAAAGGGGCUGUUACUAUUCUCGGGCUCCGGGCUCCGGGGUUCUUGAAAAUUUAUAAAGUACACCUUCUUGCCUACCGCAAGAAAGGUAUGUCUGAAGAUGCCUACCAUGAGUACCUCAGCAUCCACCACGCCAUCGUGGUCAAGAAUCACAUCGCCAGAUUUGGAAUUGUCGGUUAUACAAUGACUCAUAAUACGUCCGAGACCAAAGUUAUGGCUGCACAGCUUCUCGGACCUGUACCUAGGGCUGACAGGCAAAUCGCUGAUUAUGACUGCGUGGUUCAGAUUAUGUUUCGUGACAUUCAAGAUUAUCUGAAAGCUAGGGAUGAUCCGUUCUUCAGGGAGGUGAUCGGUCCUGAUCAUGAGCAUUUUUCGGACACUGAGCGGACGAUGUUUUUGACUGGGUGGGUUGAGAAGUUAAUCGUUGAUGGAGUUAUCCUUUAG